CAGAGAGAAAAAAAAAUGUCUUCGCCAAGCAAACGCAGAGAAAUGGAUAUGAUGAAGCUGAUGAUGAGCGAUUAUAAAGUGGAAACGAUCAACGAUGGCAUGCAAGAAUUCUAUGUUGAAUUCAAUGGACCCAAAGACAGUCUCUAUCAAGGAGGUGUGUGGAAGAUAAGAGUUGAGCUUCCAGAUGCUUAUCCUUACAAAUCUCCAUCUGUUGGUUUCAUUACUAAAAUUUAUCACCCUAAUGUUGAUGAACUGUCGGGUUCUGUUUGUUUAGAUGUGAUUAACCAAACUUGGAGUCCUAUGUUCGACCUUGUGAAUGUGUUUGAGACAUUUCUUCCUCAGCUUCUUCUGUAUCCAAACCCAUCAGAUCCAUUGAAUGGAGAAGCUGCUGCAUUAAUGAUGCGUGAUCGUCCUGCUUAUGAGCAACGAGUUAAAGAAUACUGUGAGAAGUAUGCAAAGCCAGGGGAAGGAUCAGAAGAUAAGUCUAGCGAUGAAGAACUAAGUGAAGAAGAAUACGGCUCAGAUGAUGAAGAUGAUGAUGAUGAUGAUGUUGCAAUUGCAGGCAAACCAGAUCCUUGAACCAGCUUUGGUAGGGGACUUGUUUUAUGUAUAUGAUCAUGAAUUAUUUAUGCUUAUAACUGAACUGUGAAAUCUAUCUCUCCCUUUGUGCUUGUUCACCUGUUUAAUUUAUCGGACCGGACGUUUGUGUACAUUAUUAGACCGAACCGAAUUGUUAGUCUUUCCGAUUUCAAAUAAGUGGGUCUUACCGGU